ACGCCCGCCCGCCCGCCCGCACGCAAUCGCCGCGCUCCGCCUACCCGCCGGAGUCGGCGAUUGAGGGACCUCAAGGGCCGGCCCGCCGCGACGGGUAGAUACUGUAUAAAGCCGUCACUGGAUUAAUUUACUCAGUGGUUAUUUAUGCUUCAUACUUAUGACUUCUGCUUGCCAAGAUUCCCACUGCUUAUUUCCCCUUACCAGUGAGAUCUUAUAAUAAUUGCCACCCUGACUGCAAAGAAGCAGCUAUGCGGCUUUCUUCCUCACUUCAAGAUUUGCCAACCUUCUCAAGAAUUGAUGCUUUAGAAAGGGGCUCUAGUACUGGUGGCGAGUUGAACUCAGGGCGUGCAAAACCUAUCCGCACACUUCAAAGAGAUGGCGCUCUUGCAAGCUUUUCAAAAGAGAAAACACCCCCCUCAUCACCAACAAAUCGAAAGAAAUGCAUGAGAGCUGCUGGUUGUGCUAUUGCUUUGUUCAUUUUGGUGUUCUUAGUAUAUGCUUCUUUGAGAUAUUUCCAUGUCUUCCUCUCGGAAGGAAGCCCCGAAUAUUAUGUUAUUCUUGAUUGUGGAAGCACAGGGACAAGAGUGCAUGUUUACGAAUGGUCUGUUAACCAUGACGAUGGGAGUACAUUUCCUAUUGCUUUGAAACCCUUAGGAAAUGCUCCUAAGAAAAAAUCUGGUAAAUUAACUGGGCGAGCUUAUCAAAGAAUGGAGACUGAGCCUGGGUUGAACAAACUUGUUCACAAUGAGACUGGAUUAAAGAUGACAAUAGAGCCCCUCCUUCGUAUGGCUGAGAAGUUGAUUCCUCGACGUGCACACAAACACACACCUGCUUUCCUAUAUGCCACAGCGGGUGUCCGCAAGCUACCAAGUGCAGACUCUGAGUGGCUUCUGGACAAGGCGUGGGAUAUUCUGAAAAAUUCAUCGUUUCUGUGUUAUAGAGACAGAGUCAAGAUCAUCAGUGGCAUGGAUGAAGCUUAUUAUGGAUGGAUAGCUCUUAACCAUCACUUGAAUAUGCUUGGCACCUCAUCUUCAAAAAUGACAUAUGGCUCACUUGAUUUAGGUGGAUCAUCAUUACAGGUGACAUUCGAGACUGAUAAUUCCAUUCAGGAUGAAACAAGUAUGAGCCUAAGGAUUGGUUCUGUCAGUCAUCAGCUUAGUGCUUAUUCUCUGUCUGGUUAUGGGUUAAAUGAUGCAUUUGACAAAUCUGUUGCACAUCUUGUGAAGAAGUUGGGAGGGGCAGCUGGCAAUGGUAAAGUUCAGGUUAAGCAUCCUUGUCUACAAACGGGAUACAAAGAAGAUUACAUUUGUUCUUACUGCGACCCGCUCAAACUAGAUGGAAGUCCCACUGUUGGAGGGAAGACAACAGGCAAAGAAAAGCAGGGAGUGGCGGUUGAACUGAUUGGAACACCUCAGUGGAACGAAUGUAGUGCCCUUGCAAAAUUAACUGUGAAUCUUUCUGAGUGGUCCAACGCAAGCUCCGUUGACUGCAACACUAAACCUUGUGCUCUUCCUAGUACCUUCCCGCAACCACAUGGGCAGUUUUAUGCUAUGUCUGGUUUCUAUGUGGUUUUUAAGUUUUUCAAUUUGACUGCCGAUGCCACUCUCGUUGAUGUUCUAAAAAGAGGCCAGGAUUUUUGUGAAAAACCAUGGAUGAUUGCAAAGAGUAGUGUUCCGCCACAACCUUUUAUAGAACAGUAUUGUUUCAGGGCUCCUUAUAUUACAGCACUUCUGAGAGAGGGGCUGCAGAUCAAAGAUAACCAGGUGAUAAUUGGCUCUGGUAGUAUAACUUGGACUCUUGGGGUUGCUUUGUUAGAGGCUGGACAGGCAUUGUCUAGACGAACUGAUAUUCAAGGAAUACUUCACCGGGAGAUAAAUCCAAAUAUUAUUAUCGUGUUGUUUCUGAUUUCAAUUGUGUUGGUCAUAUGUGCCAUAUUAUGUGUCAGCAAUUCAAUCCCAAGAUCAUUCCGCAAAUCUUAUCUGCCAAUUUUUAGGCAGAAUAGUGCAGGCAGUCCUGUGCUUGGCAUGGGAUCACCUUUUAGAUUUCAUCUAUGGAGCCAUAUUUCUUCAGGUGAUGCAAGAACAAAGACACCGUUGAGUCCUACUGUUGCUGGGUCAGAGCCCCAUCCGUUCAGCAUGAGCCAUGGAUUAGGAGGCAGCAGUGUCCAGCUUAUGGAGUCCUCCAGGCAGUCGUUAGGCGUCUAUCACAGCUAUUCAGUUGGAAGCUUAGGUCAGAUGCAGUUUUCUAGUGGAAUGUGGAAACCAGGUCAAACGACACUUCAAAGUCGGAGAUCCCAAUCAAGAGAAGAUCUCACUUCUUCGUUAGCUGAUCUUCAUCUUCCAAAGGUGUAGCCUUACAUUUCAGAAUGACAUGACUAGUAUGAGAAUACCAUUCCAUAACAAACUUUGUGUAAAUAAUAGCUCCAGACCGUUUGAUUUCUUCUCUAAUCAAAAGUCAAUUUUGUCGGUAUA